AUGUCUUUUUUAAGAGAAGCUUCUUCCGCAAUGACGUCACAGAAAUUUACGGAACACGGAGUGGUGCCUGACGUGAUUUCGAAAGCCCCUGAUCACCUGAUCGAAGUUAAAUUCAGUUCUGGCGUUUCAGUCAAUUUGGGCAACGUCCUGACACCGACUCAGGUUAAAGAUCCACCGAUACAUAUCAAAUGGCCCUCCGAACCAGGAGCGCUUUAUACUUUAAUAUUGACAGAUCCAGAUGCUCCAAGUCGAAAAAAUCCUGAAUUCCGCGAAUGGCAUCAUUGGCUGAUCGUUAAUGUUCCUGAAGAACACGUUUCAAAGGGCGACGUGUUGUCCGAAUAUAUCGGAGCAGGUCCACCGAAAGAUACGGGUCUCCAUCGCUAUGUCUUCCUUGUCUACAAACAGCCAGGUAAAAUCCAAGAUGCUGAACAUGGUCAUUUAACGAACCGUUCAGCGGCUAACCGUGGGAAAUGGAGCGCGGCGAAAUUUGCUCUAAAGCAUAAACUUGGUGUUCCAAUUGCUGGUAAUUUCUAUCAGGUAUCAUUUGAUUCAGUGUUAUAUUAA